AUGCUUAUGCUAGUGAAUAAGCAAAAUCAGAGUGCGCAUGUGCAGGUUCCGUUGCUCUUUCCCCUCACACGAACCACUGGUCUUACUAAACAACGCACCAACAUGGUAACAAUGAUCUACAAAUCAGUUGACCGCCUCAAACGCAUCCACGAACCAGUUCACCUCAACAUUGCUACCGCCUUAAUCCUCCCUGUCAAAGCCAUUCAGCAGCCGAUCUCCAAUUCUGACCAACCUCUGCAACUCGAAGCACGAAAAGCACCAACCAUCCCAGCUGACAUUCGACGCGCUUGCAAGAAAAUCCUGAAGCAAAUCAACGAGAACAAAGUACAUAUCCAACCGUACUUUAGCCUCAUGCUACAACCUCCUCAGGAUAGCACCAACCGCACAACCGACAUCUCCUUCAAACCGUUCAUUGACUCCUAUGACUUCAACAGCCAGCAAGGACUCACUCGACAGAUUUCAACCAGAACAUUCCGCACAGCAUGCAUCGAGGCUCACACCUCCAGCAUCGCCAGGUCCAACUGGAAUUUCUUCUGA